CAUAAGAGAUCAUUCACAAAUUUAUGUUUCUGAGAGAGAGAGAGAGAGUCUUGAUUGAUUAUUCCUGCUAUGAAUUCAGAGAAGUCAGUGAGUCUUGAUAUUUCAAGUGAAGAAAAUGAUCAUCAUGAUCAAGAUGAUGACACUGGUGGAACCAAACGGUCUUAUGAGUGCACAUUCUGCAAAAGAGGCUUCACAAAUGCUCAGGCUUUAGGGGGGCAUAUGAAUAUCCAUAGGAAGGACAGGGCCAAGGCCAAGCAAUUCACAAUUGAUGCUUCACCUUCAGUUAACAAAUUCAACAACGAUGAUUCCACGGCCCUUCCUUUUGUCUCAGAAAUUAUGAAUCAACCCACAAAGCCUAAUUACUACUCCCUUUUGGAGUCUCAGAUGAACUUUCAACCACCACAUGCCUUUUAUUAUGAGUUUUGUAACUCAAGGUCUCAGCCUUUGAGUUUGAACCAAGGGCUUCAUGGUGCCAAUUUGAGUCUCCAAAUUGGUCCGAGUCAUGUUGAUGAUAACAUUCAUCAAUUCAGGAGAGGAAAUCAGAAAACGAGUGAAGUGGACUUGGAGCUCAGACUUGGCCAUGAUCCAUACUGAGAAACGGCUAUUUUAUAAUUUAAGGUAAUAAUUAACGUUUCUUUUUAUGUGAUUAAUUGGAUAGGUCUUUAUAUGAUUCUAGAAGAGAUUACUUGAAGCACAUAUCAAACUCUUCGAUGAAAAUUUAGGGCAAACUUCUUUUCUCCUAAGACAUGUAUAACAAACGGAAGAAUUUGAAGGUUGAUCUCAAAUUCUUUAUAUAUCCGCUUGGAUGCCUAGAAAUUAAGGUACUAUGUGAAGAAUCAGAACUAACAGUGAGGUACUGAGGUACAUAAAUUUUAUUGUUGCAGUUUACUAUAUCUUUAAUUAUGUAAGAAGUAGGAGUACUAAAGAAAAAGGCAGCUAUAUGCUUAUAACCUUCGCGUGUGCAUUUGACAGUUGAAUAU